AUGAUCUGUUUUGGUUUACUCACUUUGUUUAAUAUUCGUUCAAGAUUUAUACGAAGAAUUGAACCAUCACAGAAAACUGAUGGUGAAUCAUAUAAAAAUUCGACUUUGUUGAACACCAAUCUCCAGCCUGCUCGAGAAGCACGUCAGCGCGAUAAACAAUCUAUUCAAUUGGCACUUUACCAAAGUGCUAUAUUUACCAUGCUAAAUACAUUAUGGUCCUUAUAUCCAUUGUAUGCUUUCGUUCUCCUCACGGCACCGAGCAUAUCAUUUGAGCAAAUAUUAAUAUUAGGAAUUUGGGAAGCAUUCGGUUUGAAUCUUCUAUCUAUAUAUGCAGCGGUACAGUUUCAUUUCUUUAUUAAACUGUAUUAA